UUUCCUUGUUCCCUCUCCUUCACUAAUAUACAAGUGCAAGAUAGGUGUAAUCAACAAGUGAUCUCCCCAGCCCCGUGCAGCGUGGAUCAGCAAAUGAGCAGCGACAAAAGGACACAGAGAUCUACAGUAUGAGGAUGGGUGUAACCAACAUGUGGGACGGUGGAAGAGCAGACACUGAACAAACACAUGCUGUUUAGAUCAGAGGUGAAACGAUUGAUUUCUAAGGAAGUGAAACUCAGACAGUCGUUGUUACCGAGAGGAGAAAUGGCACAGAAAGGAGUUCAACUAGACCGGGAGGCCUUCUCUUGUUCCAUCUGUCUGGAUCUCCUGAAGGAUCCGGUGACUAUUCACUGUGGACAUAGUUACUGUAUGAACUGUAUUAAAAGCCACUGGGACACAGAGGAUGAGAAGACAAUCUACAGCUGCCCUCAGUGUAGGCAGGACUUCACACAGAGGCCUGUUCUGGUGAAAAACACCAUGUUGGCAGUUUUAGUGGAGGAGCUGAAGAAGACUGGACUCCAAGCUGCUCCUGCUGAUCACUGCUAUUCUGGAUCUGAAGAUGUGCCCUGUGAUGUCUGCACCGGGAGGAAACUGAAAGCCUGUAAGUCCUGCCUGGUCUGUUUGAUCUCAUUUUGUGAGAAACACCUUCAGUCUCAUUAUGAUUCACCUGCUUAUGCAAAACACAAGCUGGUGGAGCCCUCCAAGAAGCUCCAGGAGAACGUCUGCUCUCGUCAUAAUGAGGAGAUGAAAGUAUUUUGUCGGACUGAUCAGCAGUCUAUCUGUCUCCUCUGUUUAAUGGACGAACACAAAGGUCAUGACACAGUCUCAGCUGCAGCAGAAAGGACAGAGAGGCAGAGAGAGCUUGGGGUGAGUCGACAAAACAUCCAGCAGAGAAUCCAGGACAGAGAGAAAGAUGUGAAGCUGCUUCAACAGGAGGUGGAGGCUAUCAAUGGCUCCGCUGAUAAAACAGUGGGGAACAGUGAGAAGAUGUUCACUGAGCUGAUCCGUCUCAUGGAGAAAAGACGCUCUGAUGUGAAGCAGCAGGUCAGAUCCCAGCAGCAAACUGAAGUGAGUCGAGUCAGAGAGCUUCAGGAGAAGCUGGAGCAGGAGAUCACUGAGCUGAAGAGGAAAGACGCUGAACUGGAGAAGCUCUCACACACAGAAGAUCACAACCAGUUUCUACACGACUACCCCUCACUGUCACCACUCAGUGAAUCUACACCCUCAUCCAGCAUCAAGAUCCGUCCUCUGAGGUUCUUUGAGGAUGUGACAGCGGCUGUGUCAGAAGUCAGAGAUAAACUACAGGACGUCCUGAGAGAGAAAUGGACAAACAUCUCACAGACAGUGACUGAAGUGGAUGUUUUACUGUCAGGACCAGAACCAGAGCCCAAGACCAGAGCUGAGUUCUUAAAAUAUUCAUGUGACAUCACACUGGAUCCAAACACAGCACAAACACGGCUGUUAUUAUCUGAUGAGAACAGAAAAGUAACAGCAAUGAUAGAACAACAGUCUUAUUCUAGUCACCCAGACAGAUUCACUAGAUGGUGUCAGGUCCUGAGUAAAGAGAGUCUGAUGGGACGUUGUUACUGGGAGGUGAAGUGGGGGGGGAAAGGAGUUUCUGUAGCAGUCACAUACAAGAAUAUCAGCAGAGCAGGGAGGUCAGAUGAAUGUAGGUUUGGACGUAAUGACAAAUCUUGCGCGUUAGAUUGUGACAGCAACAGUUAUAACUUUUGGUACAACAAUGUCAGCACUCCUGUCUCAGGUCCUCCGUCCUCCAGAGUAGGAGUGUACCUGGAUCACAGAGCAGGUAUUCUGUCCUUCUACAGCAUCUCUGAAACCAUGACUCUCCUCCACAGAGUCCAGACCACAUUCACUCAGCCUCUAUAUGCUGGACUCAGGAUUCAUCAUUUUGAAGACUCUGCUGAGUUGUGUAAGCUGAAGUAGACAGAAGUCAUUAGGGGACAAUGUGUUAACAUCUGUGUUUUUUUUUCCAUGUUUCUAAAGAAAGCUGAUUAUACUUUUCUUCACUGCACAUACUACGGUACUUUGACAAAACCAGUAAAGCCAAAUUUCUGUAUUUCAUAGAUUUCAAUAUCACAUGUGGACGUGGGACCUUCCUCUGACCUGUCUCUUUGAGCCCACUAGUUUUCCUUGCACCACAGGACCUGCGUAUAAGCAUUCUGUUAACCUUUCACCCUUUCACACGCACGUCUUCAAAAGAAUAAGGUAAACAGAAGUUUCCUCCUUCUCUUAGAUGAUUUCUUCUUUGUUUUGUUUUCAAUGUUUUGUUUUGUUGCUGUUCUUUGUUAGGCGUCUUAGAGUAUUCAGAGAAGCGCUAUGUUAUUAUCAUUAUUAUUAUUAAUGUUAAAGGUCACAUAUUAUGUAAAAUUCACCAUGUUUCUCUAACACUAAUAUGUGUCUCUAGUCUGUCUACAAACCCCCCAAUGAUGAGAAAAGUCCAUCCUCUCUGUAUUGUGCCUGCUCCACUUUUCAGAAAAUGUGUAAAGGUUGAGCACUUGUGCAGCAGGUUUGUGUAUUACGUGCCACGGCGCUGUCCAAGGUGCCGAUCGUUCAUUUGUUCAUCUGUUUGUUUGUUCGCCGCUGCAUCUCUUAUGGAGUUCUCAGUAAAAGUGCACAGUAAAAGUACUUCAUAUUACUUGUCUAGGACGUACUAAGUCCAACCAUAUCAGAAUCAUUGUCUGCUUAUGGAAGAAUUUCUUUUUACAAGACAUCAAAGUCAGAAAAAAGACUCAUUAUAGUGAUUUAUAAAGGACUUUGACAGUGGAUUUCUCAAAAAGUACUUCAUAGUACAGGUGCAUGUAUUAUAGGAAGUACUAAGUCCACCCAUAUCAGAACCAUUGUCUACUUAUGGAAGAACAUAUAUUUUUAUAUUUUUUUCCCAGGAAAACACCUUAUUUUGAAAAACGGAAGUUAUCGCAGACUCGCAGUAUUAUUCCCUGAACAGUAUUUUGUUUGCUCCCGUUUCAUACACGUAUAUCUCAUAGUCAGUUUUAUGGUAAGACCUAGGCAUUUAGCACUUCACUUCAUCGCUCUCUCUCUCUCUGCUCGCUCUGGAGUCCGGAGCAUUUACCAUAAAGAUCAGAAUACGUGGGCACUUCAAAUUUAGGGGCGGCUCACUUCACCAUGUAAAAGCGAGGAGCGGCUGGCUUGACCGCAGUGAUCAGGCCGCCGGUGAGCUGACCUAACCUUAUGUUUUCCCUGUCACACUUCAGGUUAGGGCUAGUUUUGCUGUAUGUAUAUGUGUAGCCGAUGCGAGCUCGUAACAUUUAGCAACGGGAGACGUGGAGCAGCAGUACAAAACGACGCUCUAAAAAAGCCGACAGAUAUUGUAAAUUGACAUGCGACAUUUAAAAGGUUACCAAUCCUGUCUUAUGCUGAUAGCCUAUUUGGUUUGUAGAUAAAAGUAAGUUGUAUUUAACUUCAUAAAAAAAAAAAACAUUAUUUGUGUGCUUCUGAGCACAAACAGUUUCAUUUGCAUAUGCCCUCUGAAAGACGGCUGCAGCGCUUGGAGGGGGUCUAGAAUGUUAACUCUCCCAUGUUUUAUCUGACUUGUAUUCCUCUCUUUUAGCAUAGACGUCUUGGGACAGUUUUAUUCUUUCAAUUCUUUUGAAGUGGGUUUUAAUGUGAUGCAAUGUAACUAUAAAUAAAUCUCACCCCGAUAGCCCAAACCAAACUUGUCAAUAUU